CACAGCUGUCAGCUGACAGCAGUAGUUUGUCAAUAGCAAAGAGUAAAUUAAUAUAAAAAUCCCUUUUCCUACAAAAUUUCUGUAGUUUUCUUUGUAAUUUAUUACAAAAUUAUUUUAUCUAAAUAAUAUUGAAUAUUAAUACAUACUUAUUUUCUUUUAUCAUCAUUCAUAAAAUGAUAAUUUGAAUGAAGAUUUAGUUUACAGCAUAAUAGUUGAGUUAGCAAGCUUUUGACGGUUUCAGGAUCCUCCCCUGUCUCAUUUAUUAGAUACAAUGAGUGAAGAGGAGACUCACAAGUUUGCGGCAUGCACUUUCUUCGCUAAGAAUCAUCCAGGAGAAACUUGUGGCAGCAACGGUUUACCUUUAACUCCUAGUUCAGUUACCAUACUGGGCCGGUCUCAGCGACUAUUGACUAUUUCGCAUUCCAAUUUGUGUACAUAUCUGGAUAUUAUCCGAGGGAAACAUGAAAGAAUCAUAGUUGUAGCUGAGGUACUAGGAAAGUCAUUAGCAGAGUAUACUUCCAAAUUCUCAGUAGAGGAAGUAAUCAACAUAGCCCUGCAACUGACAAAUGCAAUGCAGUUCCUUCACAAAAACAACAUAACCCACAGGACAUUGUCAGAUGAUAACAUACUAUUGGACAGUGCUGGGAGACUAAAGUUGUUUAACUAUGGGCUGUAUUAUAUGACAAAUGGAGGGAGUGAAGUGCCUUUUCCUCUUGGGUUACCACGGUAUUUAAGCCCUGAGACAAUACUAAAUGUAGGUGGGCCAGCAGCUGAUGUAUGGACGUUUGGUAUAAUUCUUCUAGAACUUUGUAUAGGAAAACUGUGGAAUGCUUUGAAACCUGGCCCAAUUUUGAGAAGAAUUUUAACAUUGGUGCAUGCUAACAACCCAGCUGAAAGGAUAGCAAGGGAACAUGACUGCUAUGAAGCAUAUAAGAAAGUCCCUGAAAACAUCAGAAACAUAAUCGAGAAAUGCCUCAAAAUAUAUCCAAGUGAAAGAGCAACAUUCACAGAACUACACGAAGAGUUGUUGCAAAUGAAUACUCAAACACCUUUAGACAUAAAGAAGCCGCGCGGUUUGAUGGGAUGUAAACUACAAUAUCUGUAUUAUUGGUGGCAGUUGACCGGAGGCGAUAUACAGGCUGAGUUGAAGAAAAAUGGACUGAUUAAGAACAGUCCUCCCAUAUUGUCUAUGCCAAUAGCUAUUCUGUUAGAUGGCUGUACGCUAGGUGGUAAAACUGGUGCAUUAUUCGACCGACGAAUAGCUAAAUACAGUUUGGAUUUACUGAAGAAUCGCCUAAGUCAUAUACCGCCGCAGGAUUUCUAUCCCCUAAUGCAUGAGAGGAAAACUAAUUAUGACACAGUCGCAUUACCGAAGAUCAUAAGGGAGAGAGAUACGGAAUACCAGUUCUAUAGGUUACUGUGGUUUGAAAGGCUGUUACAUGGUUACCCAUACACAGCACAGUAUAUAAGAGCAGAAGCAGAGAUUGACAUUCCACCGUUAGUGAGAGGAGAGGUGUGGGCAGCUCUGUUGGGAGUGGUGGGAGAUAUAGAGGAGCAGUAUGAGAGGAUUGACAAGGAGACUCCGACGCCCACUGACCGACAGAUCGACGUAGAUAUCCCUCGCUGCCAUCAAUACUGCUGGCUGCUGUGCGGCGCCGCGGGGCACCGCACGCUCAAGCGGUUGUUAAAGGCUUGGCUGCUCACCAACCCGCAGUACGUGUACUGGCAGGGCUUGGACUCGCUCACUGCACCGUUCUUGUACCUCAAUUUUUGUAACGAAGCACGCGCUUUUGCUUGCCUAUCAGCGUUCGUACCGAAGUUCCUCCACAAGUUCUUCCUCAAAGACAACAGCGCAGUGAUCAAGGAGUACUUGGCCAAGUUCUGGCAAAUGACCGCCUUCCACGAGCCGGACCUCGCGACGCAUUUGCACGAAAUCAACUUCGUGCCCGAACUUUUCGCUAUACCGUGGUUCCUCACGAUGUUCUCUCAUGUAUUCCCUCUCCACAAAAUUGUCCACCUGUGGGACGCAUUGCUCGUUGAAGGGACGUCCUUACCCCUUUUCAUGGGGGUGGGGAUUCUCCGGCAGCUGAGAGUUACGCUUUUGGAGUCGGGGUUCAAUGAGUGUAUAUUACUCUUUUCCGAUCUACCAGAAAUCGACAUUGGGGAGUGUGUGAAGGAUUCGAUAGAAAUGUGCCGAAGUUCACCGAAGAGUAUCAGCUACAGAAGAUUCACUAAUGAACCAGAAAUUAAGGACCCAAUGGAUAUCGUGGAAGUACCAAUGGAUGUGCUGCUCACCGAGACCUGUCCACACCUCAGUCUUUCUGAUUUCUUCUCGCUGGUGUGUCAAGACAAAUGCUGUGUCGUGGAUAUAAGGUCAAAUUUAUUGUACGAAAAGAGUUGCAUAGACGGCAGUAUAAACGUGCCCUACAGCGGAGUACAUCUCGGGCAGCAUGAGUUGAGGGCGCUAGGGUUGCAGCCGUACAAGAUAUUGACUGAAGCGAUUAAGAUGAAGAAGAUUAUAGUCGUCGCCUCAGCAGAAGACGAGACUGCUCACUUAUUCAGCGAAUACCUGGUAAAGUGCGGCGCGCCGCGCGUGUGCGUGCUGCACGGGGGCGUGUCAGCGCUGCACUCGCACGUGCCUUCGUUAUUCACCGUACCUGCGAAGAGGAAUGGGCCCAAAUAACGGCCCACACUAUUUAGGGGCUUUUUUGGGCACACAAUUUGGACCUAGGGGCCACCUUUAACCUAAGGAGCAAGGAGUGACACGGGCGGCUGAGUUUUAGAAAGUGCAUGUAAACAUGACGCCAUCAUAUCCUAUUGUAAUUGUUACGGCAUACGGAUUCAAAAACAUUAUGAUCCUCGGCUAAAAUAAUCUAAAUCGGUCCAGCGUUUUAGCCGUGAAAAGGUAAUGGAUAAACAGAUUUACUUUCUAAUUAUGUAUGGAUUGUUUGUAUAUAGUAAUGGUAGCCGCAAAUCGCCGAAUAGUGAAUUGCGUCUUCUUGCUGCAUGGCGGCACGAAAAGGAAUGGGCCCAAGUAACGGCCCUAUUUCCAGCUAUGCAGGGAUUUUUUGGGCACACAAUAUGGGCCAAGGGCCAUCUUCUGGAGGCGCAAGAGCAGUUUUUUUCCUAAGGGGGAAAAAUAGAGGAGUGGUGUAACUACAGAGUGGUAGAGCUGGUAAUGGUCCCACGCUACUGUUAUACUACAUCAAGACACUGUAUAAUAUACAGUGUCUUGAUGUAGUAUAAACAGUAGAAUAAACAGUAUACAGUGUGUAUAUACAGAGUAUAUACAGUGUAUAUACUCGUAAAAAAUGACCACUUUGUGAAAUUGCACUUCUUUGACUUUGUUUUAAGUUUUCUUACUCUUUACUAGAUACAGUUAAUUAAUGCAUUUCUCAGUAUUUUCAAGUCUCGAAAGAAAUAUGUAAGCGUGAGCGAGGACGUUGUUUAUGAGCGUUAUUACAAAACACUGUAAGUAUCUAAAGAUACAGUCUAAAGUCAUAGGAAGACAACUCGGUCCAGAGGGAACCCGACCCUAGAGGCUCAGAAGAAUUUAACGAUAAAAUAUUACCUACAAUAUAGCUUUCCAGUUAAAUAUCCACGGGCUUAAAUCGCAUAGUUAAGCCAUUUUGCAAGAAAUUGUGAGAACAAUAUGGCCAUAAACAUACCUUACUGUCAUAUAGGAUAGAAGUCCUCACAGAGUUCAUAAAGAAUAUACCCUGAACCCACAUUAGAGACCCACCUUAAAGAAGCGUGGUGGGAUAUCCUUUUCUAUAAGAAGAAAGACCAUGUAGAUACGCCAUUAAAAAGAUACAUUGAACAUUUUAAGAGAGCCUAUAAAAUGCGAAAAAUUGUUAAUUAAAAAAAAUUUAUUAUGAUUUUUGGAAAUGUACGUAUUGUAGAGUAAGUAAUAAAUGUACCUAUCACACUCACACAUUAAUAUUAUAAAGGUGAAAGUUUCUGUGUGUAAGUAUGUUUUUUUCUUUUUACGCUGCGGCUACUGAAGCGAUUUGGCUGAAAUUUGGAAUGGAAAUAGAUUUCACUCUGGAUUAACACAUAGGCUACCUUUCAUCCCGGAAAAUUCAAGAUUCCCGCGGGAAUUGUGAAAAACUGAAUUCCACGAGGACGAAGUCGCGGGCGUCCACUAUUUGAAAAAUUAUUUCACCAAUAGAAAGCUACAAUAUCAGUGUAUAUAUUACACCCGUAUUCCCACGGGAAUGGUAUCUACGUGGGUGAAACCACGAGGUUUUCCUAGUAAUAAAUGAAUUGGAGUAAGUUAUAAGUUUUAUUUGUUAUUGUUUACAAGUGGAGCUCAGGCUAAUGACUUCUGGUGUGCAAUAUGGUUAAGAUGAGGGUAAUAGGGAAUAUGCAUUUUUUAAUGAGAAGAAUGAAUUCGGUCAAAAAGAAGUAAACACGGAAUACAAGGCGAUCACAAUCCCAUUAGGUAUGAAUAAGUAAAUGUUAUUGUGAAUAUCCAAUAAUUCGUAAUGUAAUGAUAAGGAAAUAUUAAAUAAUUAUAUUAAUUGAUAUACUUGUAUAUUUAGCAUUUGUUUAUUUUAUUGUGUGUAUAAAAUAAUGUAUGUAAAUUGAAAAUAGACUAAGAGGCAAAUAUUUAAGAUCUCAUGUGAAAUUUAUGAAAUUUCUAUCGGAAUAAAUAAAGUUUUAUAUAAAUGAA